ACGAACAUGACUACUGUGACAACCACCGAAUUCAACAACUUUCAGCUGUAUCAAUAUCGUCUGACCCUCGCAAAACUCAAGGAUCCCCAAUCAAAUUCCUUUCAUUUUGUGGAUAGUACCCGUAUUUGAUUCCCCUCCGUUCUUCGGCUUGCGUUCCUCAUUCGCGCUGUUACCAUGGCUUUCGCAUCCACUUCAAGGCAUCUUCCUCGCGAAUCGGUAUAUCCUACUCCUCCCUCCUCUGAUUACCUCAAUGCCCUAGAAGACUGCGUUCAGGCUACGGAAGCUUGUUCAAGAUCUUUACAGACUGGCCUGGACAGAUUUGAACCUGGAGUCAGAGAUCUGCCUAGGUUGACAAAGAUAUUCAAGCACAAACAUCACUUUUUGGUUCUUCCAGAGCCUACCAUUGCUGCCCAUAAAGCAGCACUUUCACAAUCCUUGGCACCUCAGAUCGAUCAUCUGAUAGCGAAAACCGAUAGCAUGGUAGAUUCUGAAAAGACCAAAGUGGGCAAUCUUGAAGAAAGACUGAGGAUUCUUGAAUCCGCACGUCUGUCUGCUAGCGCAAGCACGAUGCGUACUGUCUCUUCUGGCAGGUCGACUAAAGCUGUCUCAAAUACGUCCGAUGAUACCAGUUCCAAGAUUUCAGAUCUUAACAUGAAGGACCUUAGUAUAUUACAGAGGAAGAAAGUAAUGCAGUUGAAGGCUAAGAGGGACAGACUGGAGAGGGAGAUGGCAAGAUUAGGCAGAUGAUGGUAGGCGUUGAGAAGGUGAUGUGAGCAAGCGGAUUGUUCGUUCCAUCAUGGUGCAUGUAUCAUAUUUAAAAAAUCAC